UCAAUAAGAUAAAUAAAACAUAUUUGCGUCUGUACGUGUUUUAGCUGAAGAUGGCUGUGAUUGGCUGGCGGAGCAUGUCGCCGAAUGAUGACGACACAGUAUUUGACAUUGCUCAUGCGGAGCGUUUAUAAAGGCCAUGGCCUUCUUUCAUGCAUCAAGAUCCCUCGUGGGGUUACUGAUUGAGACGUCUACAAAGAUUCAACAGAGAACAUUUCGAGUAUCAUCAGCUGCUGCUGCUAUUCAGAAAAUGACAAGAGUUCGGGUUGUGGAUAACAGCUCUUUGGGAAAUACUCCUUAUCACAAAGCGCCAAGAGUGAUUCACGUCUACACAAAGAAUGGCAUCGGAAAAGUUGGAGAUAAAGUUUUACUUGCCAUCAAAGGACAGAAAAAGAAGGCUAUAAUUGUUGGACAUAAAAUGCCAGGGGAUCGCAUGACCCCACGAUUUGAUUCAAACAAUGUGGUGUUAAUUGAAGACAAUGGAAAUCCUACUGGAACAAGAAUCAGAGUCCCCAUUCCUUCACAGCUGCGCAGUAUGGAAGGUGACUUCUCUAAAGUAUUGGCGAUUGCAGGCACAUUUGUAUGACAGUGAUUAAAGCAUUUAUUAAAACAUUAUAUAGAAGGCUGAA